AUGACUGAGUACUUGAAACUGUCUGGAGGAGCCAGUCACCGCAACGAGCUUGUGCAAGUGCUCGCCAGAGCACCAGUGCGAAGCCAGCAGUCCCUACGUAUUGUUCUGAAUCUUCUUUCGUCUCGCGUAGGUUCUUUUAUACUCACAGGCCAUGCCAAGCCGUUCAAGUCGUUGACUCGACGUGAGCGAGAAGCUGUCUUCCUCAAAUGGAAAGACUCCUCGUUUGCUGCCUUUGUCUCACUCUACAAGGCUUUCCAUGGUGUCUCCAUCACGGCUGUGUAUCGCGACCCUACAUGCAACGUACACCCUGCAGUCGGGUACCCUAUCUAUGACCCUGUACGGACGGCGCCUGAGUACACAUCACCUCGCGAACUCAAGGAUCGAUACAAGAUGCUUACUGCAGAUGAGGUCGAGAACAAGCAUUUUGAUGUGAUCAUCAUUGGAAGUGGAGCAGGAGGAGGUGUUUGUGCUGCAGAGCUUGCCAAAUCGGGACAUUCUGUGCUGGUGGUCGAGCAGGCAACCUAUCUGCAUGAAAGUGAGCUGCAAUUGUUCGAACGCUCGGCAUAUCCUGCCCUUUAUGAACAAAGCGGCGCUGUUCGGACUGAAGAUGGAGGCUGCGUUAUGGUUGCAGGCCGUGCGUUUGGUGGCGGCACUACUGUGAACUAUAGCGUGUCUCUGAAGCUCCCUUACACUGUACGUGAAGAAUGGGCAAAGAAACACGGCCUUCCCCACUUCGUCUCACCCAAGUUUGCUGAUGAUCUGGAUCGCGUAUACGAACGCAUUGGCGCAAGUACCGAAGGUAUCAAGCAUAAUGGCCCAAACCAGGUUAUGCUUAACGGCUGUCGGUACCUCGGUUACAAUGUAUUUGAUAUCCCACAAAACACUGGAGGGCAUUCACAUGAGUGCGGAUGGUGCUAUUGUGGCUGUGCUGACGGUAUCAAGAAUGGCACCAUGAAUACUUGGCUUCGAGAUGCUGAAGCACACGGCGCAAAAUUCUUGGAUCGCACACGAGUGCUUCGAGUCCUCAUAGACAAAAAACAUUGCGCUACUGGUGUCGAGUGUCUAGUCCAGCAUGAUGGCCAAAGCAAAAAAAUCCGUAUCCAUGCGCAACGUGUUAUAUCAUCGGCUGGAUCAUUACAUACACCGGGCGUCUUGCAGCGCAGUGGGCUUGUCAAUACGCACAUCGGACGUAAUCUUCGGCUUCAUCCUGGCAGCAUGCUAUUUGGAUUUUUUGAUCAGCCUAUCGACAUGCAUCUUGGGUCGAUUGUGACAACAUUUAAUGGCGAUCUUCGCAGUAAAGAAGGAUAUGGUCUGAUCUUGGAAAUUCCAACUAUAUCACCGAGCUUCCUUGGCUCACUUUUACCGUGGCGUGGUGCGGCAAAACACAAGGAGCUUAUGCUUCGGUAUCGCUUCGCUUCUCCUCUGGUUCCGUUGUUGCGCGACUAUGAUUCUGCCGGCACUAUCAAUUAUGACGCAGACGGAGAUGUUGUAAUCAAUUACAAUCUGACUAGUGACGACCGCAAAAAACUAGUGGGUGGCAUGGUUCGCACUGCUAUGAUUAUGUGCGCUGCUGGUGCUCGAGAAAUACAUACAGGGCAGCUAGGCAUGGAGCCAUUCGUUUUUCGUGAAGACGAAGAGAUUCGUGUGGACAAUCCUCGAUUUCAACGUUGGAAAUCUCAGAUCGAGAGUUAUGGCCUGCCGACAAAGGGUAAUAUUACGCUGGUGAGCGCUCAUCAGCUCGGAACAUGCCGAAUGGGUGAUUCGCCGGCGAAUUCUGCAACCAAACCGACAGGCGAGACAUGGGAAGUCAAGAACUUAUAUGUGGCAGAUGCGUCAUUGUUCCCAACUGCAAGUGGCGUAAAUCCUAUGGUCACCACAGAGGCAAUCGCUAUUCACGUCGCUGCCAGCAUUACUGAAUCGCUGAAACAGUCUUCUACAGAGGUCGCCCAAGCUAUGGCUAAAUUGUAA